AUGGAGCUCUCGGACAUCUCGUUCAACAUGGCAAAUUCGGGCGCAGCCAAUUCGGGGUGUCCGGGCGAUGACUUCUACGACGACCCGUGCUUCAACACGAGUGACAUGCGCUUCUUUGAGGACCUGGACCCCCGCCUGGUGCACGUGGGCCUGCUGAGCAAGCCAGACGACUCUUCGUCGUCAUCCGGGUCGUCGCCUCUGCACGGGCAUCACCAUAACAUGCACGCGCACCUACACCCGGCUGCGGGCGCAACCGAGGACGACGAGCACGUGCGCGCGCCCAGCGGGCACCACCAGGCGGGCCGCUGCCUUUUGUGGGCGUGCAAGGCGUGCAAGCGCAAGACCACAAAUGCCGACCGGCGAAAGGCCGCCACCCUGCGAGAGCGCCGCCGCCUGGGCAAAGUUAACGACGCCUUCGAGACGCUUAAGCGCUGCACGUCGGCCAACCCCAACCAACGGCUGCCCAAGGUGGAGAUCCUGCGCAACGCCAUCAGCUACAUCGAAGCCCUGCAGGCGUUGCUCCGCGCCGGGGCGGCUAACAGCACAGGCGGCGCUCCCGGAGGUACGGGCGGGCCGCACGACGCAUUCUACCCGCUUGUCGAGCACUACAGCGGGGACUCAGACGCCUCCAGCCCCCGCUCUAAUUGCUCUGACGGCAUGACGGACUUCAACGGGCCGAGCUGUCCGUCAUCGACCCGAACAACUUUUAACACUGCAAGCUUUUUGAGCUCCACUAACAACAAUGACGGUGCAAAGUGUGAGAGAGCUACGGUGGUGUCCAGUUUGGAUUGUUUGUCCAGCAUCGUGGAGCGAAUCUCUACCGACAGCAACACCAACAUUGCCAAUGGCACCAACAACUUGAUAGUGCCUAGUGAUGGGACCUGCUCGCCCAAAGGUGAUACCCAGACUGAGGACACCGCCGCCCUCGCCCCCGCCGAUGAUGCCAACACCCUGAGUGGCGAACGCGACCCUAACCUGAUCUACCAAGUCCUAUAG